AUGCCUCGCUACGACCAGGACCGCCUUGGGAUCAUCUUCCGCGCCUCCCCACGUCAAGCCGAUGUCAUGAUCGUUGCCGGGACUGUUUGCAACAAGAUGGGUCCCGCUGUGCGGCAGCUAUACGACCAGAUGCCGGAUCCCAAGUGGGUGAUUAGCAUGGGCAGCUGUGCGAAUGGCGGUGGCUACUACCACUACAGCUACAGUGUUGUACGAGGAGUGGAUCGGCUCAUCCCGGUGGAUAUCUAUGUUCCAGGCUGUCCGCCGACGGCAGAAGCGCUGCUCUAUGGAGUAUUUCAGUUGCAAGCCAAGAUCAGGAGGACGAAGGUCACGAGGAUGUGGUAUCGGAAGUAG